GUGGGCGUCGCCGAAUCUCAUCAUUUGACUUUCCCACUUGUGUGUGUGGAGCGUACUGGGGCAUACCUACCUGUCCGAGGAAGAGAGAACAUACCAGAGCACUCAGAAAGAAGCCUCACCUCUCCCCGCGGGAUAUCUUCACAGAGAGAAGCACAAGAAGAGACAGGUGUUUACGGGAGAAGAAUCCGAGUCGUCCCGCUGGCAAAAUGUUCAAGAAAAAACCCUCGAAGAGCGUGACCAUCACGCAAACGAAAAAGGCGCCCUCCUCUGAGCUGUCUGCACUGAUUGAGAAGCUGCAGAAGAAUGCUGACAAGGUGGAGAAGCUCAUCCUUGAGACGGAGCAGAACCUCAACAAGGAUGUGAGUAAGAUCAACGAGGGCAAGCAGCCUCUGUACCAGGACGACACCAACAAGCGCAUCCUAAGCUCUCUGGAGCUGCUACAAGGCCUGGAUGAGGACGCCGUCGACGCAAAACGCCUGCAGCACCCCCAGGCUGAGAUGAUAGAGCAGGA